AUGCACAGCGGACUAGGAAUAUCAAAAGGAACUGUUCACCAUUCCUUCCCCCCUCUGCCAACGGCUGCCUUCAUUAACAAACCAACGGCUGCCUUCUUUAACAAACCAACGGCUGCCUUCAUUAACAAACCAACGGCUGCCUUCAUUAACAAACCAACGGCUGCCUUCUUUAACAAACCAACGGCUGCCUUCAUUAACAAACCAACGGCUGCCUUCAUUAACAAACCAACGGCUGCCUUCAUUAACAAACCAACGGCUGCCUUCAUUAACAAACCAACGGCUGCCUUCUUUAACAAACCAACGGCUGCCUUCAUUAACAAACCAACGGCUGCCUUCUUUGACAAACCAACGGCUGCCUUCUUUAACAAACCAACGGCUGCCUUCAUUAACAAACCAACGGCUGCCUUCAUUAACAAACCAACGGCUGCCUUCUUUAACAAACCAACGGCUGCCUUCAUUAACAAACCAACGGCUGCCUUCAUUAACAAACCAACGGCUGCCUUCUUUAACAAACCAACGGCUGCCUUCAUUAACAAACCAACGGCUGCCUUCAUUAACAAACCAACGGCUGCCUUCAUUAACAAACCAACGGCUGCCUUCAUUAACAAACCAACGGCUGCCUUCAUUAACAAACCAACGGCUGCCUUCAUUAACAAACCAACGGCUGCCUUCAUUAACAAACCAACGGCUGCCUUCUUUAACAAACCAACGGCUGCCUUCAUUAACAAACCAACGGCUGCCUGCUUUGACAAACCAACGGCUGCCUUCAUUAACAAACCAACGGCUGCCUUCAUUAACAAACCAACGGCUGCCUUCUUUAACAAACCAACGGCUGCCUUCAUUAACAAACCAACGGCUGCCUUCUUUGACAAACCAACGGCUGCCUUCUUUAACAAACCAACGGCUGCCUUCAUUAACAAACCAACGGCUGCCUUCUUUGACAAACCAACGGCUGCCUUCUUUAACAAACCAACGGCUGCCUUCAUUAACAAACCAACGGCUGCCUUCAUUAACAAUUAA